AUGGCUAAACGGGUAGAGCACGAGGAGCGCCUUGCAAGGACGCGAGAUGCCGAGUUCUGGUUUGGGGACGGGAACAUCAUCCUUGUGGCGCGCGACGUCGAGUUCCGCGUGUAUAAAGGCAUCCUCGCCGACCACUCCCCCGUCUUCGACGACAUGUUCUCGUUUCCCCAGCCAACACCGUCUACUACGCCUUCUCUCGCAACGUCAACGGGUUCGACUACGGACACUUGCCCUUUCGUCCACCUCACAGACUCGCCGGAGGACCUGAGACACCUGCUCCGGGUUUGCAUGCCGAAAAAGGGUAUGUUUAGCCCCUUCACCCUCAACAAGCCUUCAUAUCACAUGGUCUCUGCCCUCAUCCGUCUCGGUCACAAAUACCAGAUGAACGGCCUGACCGCGGACGCCGUGGGCUACCUGAAACAAUGGUACGCCCCCAAAUACUGGUCGGACUGGGCGGGGAAAGUGCUGUACGGCCUCGACGCGCCCUUCCAACGGGUCCACGCAAUCGGCGUCGUCAACCUGGCCCGCAUCGUCGACGAGCCGGCGAUGCUCCCCGCCGCGCUGCUCGUAUGCUGCUCGCUCGAGCAGGAGAUCGUCGAUGGGGGCGUGCGCGAGGACGGCACGCGGGAGACGCUUCCUGUGGAAGACAUCGGCCGCUGCUUUGUAGCACGCGCACUCCUCGCGCAGCAGGGAUUCACCCUCGUGCUCCGCCUCUUCACGUACCCAGUCUCGUUGGGUUGUACGACGCUGUCUCAGUGCGAAAGGGAGCUACAGGAAAGGCAGGUGGAGGCGAUGCGCUACCUGUCCAACGCCUGGCACUCGGACGUGUUUGUACAUGCUGCGCACAUUCUCAGGUCGGAAAUGGACUGCUCGAGCUGCCAGACGAUGCUGAUUGAGCGCUAUGUCCGUUUCGGGGCGGAUUUGUGGCAUCGACUUCCCUAUCUCUUCGGAGUGGACUUGGAUCGCGAUGACUAG